AUGGAAAAUCCGAUAUUAACCUCGCUGCCUGUGGAACUUAUUAUUAAUAUCAUUUCUUUGCUGGACUGGAGAACAAUAUUGGUUUGCCGGGAGGUUUGCAGGUUAUUCCACUCAAUUGUAGAAGAAGAUAGAGCUCAAUAUGAAAUCGAGCUUGCUGUGUCUGGUAUGGUGGACGGCCCUCCAAGCACAUUUUCUACCUCAGAUCGGCUCGCACUUCUUAAGGAACGUAAGGCUGCAUGGGAGUCUCUGAGAUGGGUAGAAUCGCAGGAUUUCUCGAUGAUGCAGGGACACAUCUGGGAGUUAUACGGCAAUGUGUUUGCGCAAUCUAGCACGCCAGAUGUCCUUCACUUCCGUCAGCUGCCAUCAAAGUAUAGGAAAAUCGAAGAAAAAGAAUGGAGUGUGACGCUGGACAUGCACGUUCGAGAUUUCACAAUGGAUCCUGCACAAGAUCUUCUAGUGCUCAUCGAAGAGCCCACCUUGCUCCCUAAUACCAACACCACUACCUGUAGCAUCCGGAUCCAUUUACGUUCCCUUACCACAGGAGACAGGCACAGAUUAGCGCCUCAACCAGCCAUCCUCAUUCAUGAACUCGAUGCGCGGAACGUCCGAGCAACGUACACAUUACGAGUGUGCGAUAAUCUCUUGGGUAUCUUUUUCGACUAUGAGCGUGAAGAUGCAGACCCUGAACUUACUGUAUGGGACUGGACAACGGGCAAAGUCAUUUUUACAUGGUGCUUCGAUUCCGAGAUUGUGACAUUCGCAUUCCUCAACAGUCGCUUUUUGCUAGUGGGCAGCGCCUUUGGCUCCGGGGAUAUAGACAUCCAGGCCCAGCUCUACGUGUUUGAUAUGACCAAGCCAUCUAGCAAAAAGUUUGGUCGACGGACGGACUAUUUUUGCGUGUUUCUUUGGCCCGAAUUCGAUUUCUGGGCCAACCCGGUGGAUUUGUCAAUCCGCUCUGAUCCGUCGCCUACCUGGCAGCCUAAUUCAAAGGCUCAAUUACCCUUCUCAACGGCGCCUGGCAACAGGCUCUUCAUCAUAACAGUCUCCUUGAUGACUAAUCACCGUAUCAUCCCUUACGAUACGUUCGUUCCAGCUGAUACAUUGCUAUCCCAUAUCGAAGCCCUUUCUACGGAGGUUCGCUGCCGUGAAAUCGAAUGGGAUGAGUGGGGCCCCACAGGCACACGUUUGAUGCGGUCUUCUUCCCUACAUGAUUCCGUCUGGGUGUGCUACGUAUUCGGGACCAAAUUCGUGUCUCUUACUGAGCCAACUCUCACGUCUCCGCAGACUUUGGAGAUACGGGAUUUCAACCAGCUUGCAAUAAAGCGAGAUGCCAAAGUUCAAGAUGGUAUUAGCCAUCAUGUACAUGAUACGACGGUGGUUCGCAAAGUCUUUGCGAACGAAAUCCACACGAGUCUACCCUACCGGGUUAUUAAGCGCACUCUACCUCCACAUUCUUCUCUGGAACCAAUUUUUACUGCUGCCAUGUGCAGUGAAGACAACCUCAUUUUGGUGGAUGUAAGCAUGCCACACGCUUACCGUACCGAACGCUUCUCUAACGUCGCGCGCCGAUUUGCAGUCUAG